AUGCCUUCCUACCUCAUCACCGGAGCCUCCCGAGGAAUUGGCCUCGCCUUCCUCGACAACAUCUCCAGCAACCCCAACAACGUCGUCAUCGGCCUUGUCCGCAACGUAGCUGCCUCCGAAGCCAAGGUCGCCUCUUGGAACAGAAGCAACAUCCACUUCGUUCAGGGCGAUCUCGAGAACUACGAGUCGCUCAAGAGCGCCGCCGCUGCUACAGCCAAAAUCACCGGUGGAAGCCUUGACUACCUAAUCGCAAAUGCCGGUCUGGUGGAGGGAGGCUUCGACUCUUUCUCCAUUCUCGGAAAUGACCCGGAGAAACUCACAGCCAGUCUCACUCGCCAGUUCAACGUCAAUGUCACAGGCAACAUCCACCUCUUCAACCUUUUCAUGCCGCUCAUUCUCAAGGGACCUGUCAAAAAGGUCGUCACCAUCUCAAGUGGUAUGGGCGACAUGGAGCUAGUGCGCAGGUACAACAUUUCCGAGGACGCACCCUACUCCAUCAGCAAAGCGGCAGUCAGCAUGGCGGUUGCGAAGUUUAGCGCUGAAUACGCCAAAGACGGAGUCUUGUUCUUGGCCAUGUCUCCUGGGGUUGUGGGCACGGAUGUCUACGCCGAUCUUUCGGAAGAAGACCAGCAAAAGCUUGGAAUCAUGUCGCAGAAGUUUGCGGCAUACGCACCCGACUUCAAGGGCCCCAUUACGCCAGAAGAGUCAGUUAAGGCUGUGCUGAGCAUUGUUGAAGCCUCCAGCGUUGCCAGAGGAGAUGGUGGUGCUUUCUACUCUCACCUUGGAAAGGGUGAGAAGUGGCUAUGA